CUCCCUCAGCAUCUCGCACAGAACACAAAAUGGCUCUUCAGAAAAAGACUCUUGUCGGUGUCUUGGAGGAGUGGUGUUUGGCGGAACCGCUGUUCGGUUGCAGGUGGCACCAGAACGUUAGGAAAAAACUGAGACUGAUACGAAUUGUAGGGCUCCUUGUCAGUGUAGUGGCCAUUAGUACUUUCUCACUUUCAAUGAGUGCCUUUUUCAAGAUGGAACCACAUAGCAUGGCGCUGGUCAGCAGCCUAGAUAGCCAAAAGCUGGUGCGUGGACACCAAAGAACUCUCUUGGAUUUCACGGAACAGAAUGAAAACGGCACUCCAGAUCCACAUGCUUCUAUGAAAUACGAAGCUGGGCGCGACAAUGAAACAGAUGAUCAUGCGAAGGGAGAGUACCCCGAGGACCUUUUCUCUCUUGAGGAGAGGAGACAGGGAGCAGUGAUCCUCCAUAUAAUUGGAAUGAUUUACAUGUUUAUAGCCUUAGCCAUAGUCUGUGAUGAGUUCUUUGUUCCUUCCUUGACUGUCAUCACUGAAAAACUGGCCAUUUCUGAUGAUGUGGCAGGGGCAACCUUCAUGGCUGCUGGUGGGUCCGCCCCAGAACUCUUCACUUCUUUGAUAGGAGUGUUUAUAUCCCACAGCAACGUUGGCAUUGGUACCAUAGUGGGAUCUGCCGUGUUCAAUAUCCUAUUUGUUAUUGGAAUGUGUGCUUUAUUUUCUAAGGAGAUCUUGAACCUCACUUGGUGGCCACUCUUUCGAGAUAUGUCCUUUUACAUCAUCGACUUGAUCUUGCUAAUCAUCUUCUUUCUGGAUAACUUCAUAAUGUGGUGGGAAAGCAUAACACUCCUGACAGCGUAUUUUUUCUAUGUGACAUUUAUGAAGUUCAAUGUCCAAGUAGAAGAAUUGGUGAAGAAAUUUUUAAACAGGAACAAGGUUGAGAAGGUAACAACAGAUGCUGAAGGAAAGUCACCUAAUGCUGGAGACAAGGAUGACCAAACAUUGACGACCAAGCCACGUCUCCAGCGAGGAGGAAGCUCUGCAUCUCUCCACAACAGCCUAAUGAGGAACAGCAUCUUCCAGCUCAUGAUUCACACUCUUGACCCACUUGCUGAAGAGCUUGGAUCAUAUGGAAACCUAAAAUAUUAUGACACAAUGACUGAAGAAGGAAAGUUCAAGGAAAGGGCCUCAAUUCUGCAUAAGAUUGCCAAAAAGAAGUGCCAGGUGGAAGACAGUGAAAGGCAGAAUGGAGCUGCUAAUCAUGAGAAAGGUGCAAAAGUGGAAGUUGCAGUAACACCACCGAGUGAUUCAGGACCAGUGCAGAAUGGAAUCGCCCAUAAUGUCGAAGAGAAUGAAGAUGAGGAGGAGGAGCAGCCUCUCAGCCUGGCCUGGCCUGAAACCCCACGCAAACAGGUCACCUAUCUUCUUGUGUUACCCAUUGUUUUCCCACUGUGGGCUACCCUGCCAGACGUCAGAAAACCUACAUCAAGAAAAUUUUUUCCUAUCACGUUUUUUGGCUCUAUCAGCUGGAUUGCCUUCUUUUCUUACUUGAUGGUCUGGUGGGCACAUCAGGUUGGAGAGACCAUUGGUAUCACUGAAGAAAUCAUGGGGCUGACUAUUCUAGCUGCUGGCACAUCCAUUCCUGACCUUAUUACCAGUGUUAUUGUAGCACGCAAAGGUCUGGGGGACAUGGCUGUAUCCAGUUCUGUUGGAAGCAACAUAUUUGACAUCACAGUGGGCCUUCCUCUUCCAUGGCUCCUGUAUGCUGUGGUUAAUGGCUUUGCCCCGGUGACAGUCAGCAGCAAUGGUCUGUUCUGUGCAAUUGUCCUCCUCUUCAUCAUGCUGCUCUUUGUCAUCCUCUCCAUUGCUUCCUGCAAGUGGAGGAUGAAUAAAAUCCUGGGUUUCCUCAUGUUUGGGCUAUAUUUUGUGUUCCUGAUUGUCAGUGUCCUUCUGGAGGACAAAGUGAUCCAGUGCCCUGUCUCCAUCUAGUGGAAAGUGAUGUUUCUCAACAAAAAGAAAAAAAACAAAACAAAACAUAUAUAUUUAUUAAAGAAAUGAUACAUAUGUCAAAACAAAAGAGAAAAAAAAAAUCCCCACGGUGGAAAACUUCAGUGGGAAGAACCCAUGGAUCUGUAAAUUUCCUCUUCCUCAAUUUUAAAAGAGUGAAAGAAAGAGAAAGAGAAGGAUACAAAGGGUGAACCUCAGAGGUGAAGAGUGGCUGCUGCUGGACAGUGCAGUUACACCUGAAGGGCUGGGUCCAGGUGCACCGAGGGCUUCUCUGCUGCAGAACAUCCUCGCUGCUCAGCGCUGGACACGCUACGUACGCACGGCGACGGUGAAAGUUACUGCUCCUCCUCUGCCUACGGUACAUGCCCGCUGACUUCUCGUUCUCUGUAGUAGUAUACACAGACACACAGUGUGCUCGGCUCCUAAAGCUCUCCUCUUCUAAGGGGAAUGCUAAUGUUAACUUUGUGGGGGCACCACCCCCCCACACACCCUGGUACAGGAUUUUUCUGAUAACCUGCUGAAACGCCUGAGUGGAAAGCAUACACCAAGCAAUGAGUCACGAGCAGGGAAGGGCUUGUAUGCCUCUUCAUGUAACUGGAUUUAUAUGAUGUGAUUUCAGCAAAGCCAGGGGAUUAAUCAGUGUUUCGAUCAUCUGCAUCACAGGUCUGAAAAGGCAAUCAGCAGGAUGUUAAUGGUGGGUUUUUGACAUCUUGCAAAACUCUUCAGGUUCCAGAAACUCUGUCUCUGGCACUGAAGCCAUGAUGCCUGACCAUUUUGUAACUGGUGCAGAUUUUCAUUGCAUUCUCAUGCAAAGACCAGAAUGGGGAUAAUCUUUCUUCUGUAAUAGCAACGCAGCAUGCAGUGACAUCAUACAGCUAUGCGAACACACCAUUUUUUCUAAUGCAGCAAUAUCAACAGUACCAAUGGCUUUCAGAUGCUGUUAUGAGUUUGCCUUUUCAUGCCAGAAUAAAAAGGCUGAUUUGCUUAUGCAUAGUAUUUCAUACAGAAAAUAGAAGUAGUUAUAAAGUGGCAGCCUAAUUGCUAAGUGAAUAUAUACUUUAUAGGCUUUCACUAUUCCUUGGAGUGUAAGGACCUUCACAGCUACAUAUAGUUAUUGCUGGAAGAGAUCUCCAGCUGUUGUAUAAAGCUGGGGCAGUUCACAUUUGCUGUUAUAAAUCUUGAAACUAGGUAGGAGAAACACAAUUUAAAUACAGUGGAGCUGCAGGAAACUUACAUGAAAAUUUUUCAGUAUUGCUGGAAGUGUACAUGUCUAAAGAAACUCGAGGAGUGAAAAUGCAACAUCCUUUUUCUGAGAUACUGAGAGAAGGAGAAGGUCCAAACCUAGAGGAAAAAAAGAAAAAAAACAAAAAAACAAGAAAGGAGAAAGCAACUAACAUUCAUCUUUCUGUAGCAGUAGAUGAUAGUCUGUAGUUUGGCUGCUUUUUUAAAAAUGAGAGGACUGGAAUGAAUGUUAAGAAAUUAUUUCAGAUAAUCAUCAUUUGUUUGUCCAAGUCUUUUGUGCAAUUAAGAGUUCAUGAAGUUUCAGUGCAUUCCUGUGACCUGUUUCAGCAUUGUUUUAUAUGUGUAUUGUGCUCACAGUGGCAAUGCCACGCUCACAUCUGUGUAACAAAAGGCUCAGCACAUUUUUUCUUGUCUGUUUUUCCCUGCUCUGCACUGUUUGUUUCUCACUCAUCCCCUUCUCCUUUACUGUUUUUCCUGUUAUAUGUCUUUGUAUGUAACAGUGUAUGAUUAGGAAGUAAGGACUUGACAGAAAACAAUGGUAGAGUAAGCAGUACAAAAAAUCAUAUUAGGAAUAUCAAUAUUAUGUGAUAUCAUGACGAAAAAAGUGAGAUGUUAAUGAAAUAAAUGAAGGAUACUAGGAGUUGCAAUGUCUGCUACUCAUAUGUUGUCCUAAGUCCUAGCUACAUGCAGAAUCAGUAUUUGAUCUUAACCAUACAACAAGCAACAUCUCUUACUUCUUUGUGCUUUUUAGAGUGAGCUUCUCACAUUGAGAGCAAAAGCUUGUCCCUCUAUUCAAGAUCCUUCACUGGUGCAGAAUCCUUACCUGUCUUAACGAUAGUGCUGCCCGUCUCUUUAACAUUCGUUCCCCGGGGUGUACGCGAUGGAAAGGUGGGUGUAUAGACAUAGCUGUGGUGCCCUCUGCUGACAGAGCAGCAACCUAAAGCAAAUUCGUAACCCAAAUUCUGACCUCAGCUGAAAUGUGUGUCCCAAAAUACACAGCUGACUCCACAGUACAGUCUAGUCCAGAGGAGUCACCAAAUGCUUUCGUUUCUGAUGACAGUGCUCAAAACAGGCAAUCCUUUCCCAAGUAAGCAGAAUCGGACACAGGAGUGAGCUAAAGGAAGGGCUGUGUAUGCUGCCGCUUACAAAAUACUGCGAUGCCCAGGUUCUCUGAUCUGACAUUUCAAGUCAAGAAACCAGACCAGAGUCCGAUCUCUGUUUAGCACACUACUUUUUUGGUUUUUUUGGGUUUUUUUUUUAAAUUUUGUUUUACUUCAUGCCAUCAUGGCGUUAACAACUCCCACACUGGAAAAGGAAGGGAAACUCCUACCUGACCUUCAGAGCUCUAAGAGCACUCUAGUGCACUCAGGGCAUCAGCAGAGCAGAGGCUGCUGCCCCACUGAGGGCAGGUAGAGAGUAGAGAGUAACUGGCAUCAACAGCUUAUAGGAAGAACUUUAUGUACACCAUUAAGGACUGGUAUCUGUCUUUCUGUACUGUCUUAAAAUGUGUCUCAUUUCUUUCACAUGUCUGUUUGUCCCUAUCACAUAUUUAUCUUGGAAGGUAUUAAAAGUAACUUUUUCUCCUUCAGAGUGAGACACCUCAUGGCUCCUGCUGCCUUGUAUCUGUUGGGCAGUUCAUUUUUCAAAUGGCUCAAUAACUGUGCCCAUGGCACCUCAGAUCCAGAGGCAAUAGGACAGAUUUCAGUUGUGUGGUGCUUUCUGUGAAGGCUGUCUGUGAAUGAUGUUUAUACUUACCAAGGCACCUUUCUACUGCUGGGGUAAACUGUUCAUGGACACUUGGAUGCUGAUGUGCUCUUUGAUUACAAGACAACAGGCUCUGCUGGCUGGUAAAGAAAAAGAGGAGUGGGAUGGAGGGAGAAGCUUAGUCCCUUAUCCUGUACAGUAGGAAUUCAAUCUUCAACUGGAAUGCUGAGAAAACAGUCAAAAGCUGCUCUAACCCAGUGACUGGAUGUCAGUGAAUUGUCCAGGCUCAGUGCUGCCAGAAAUGCACACACUUUUUGCAAAGUUCCUAUUUUACAGUCUCAGAAAGCUCCCCAGCAUAAAGUGCUUCUCAUUGUUCAUAAUUAUUUCAGUGUGGAAUCAUGAACUCUUCUCAACACUGCACGCCUAGAAGCCUGUUUCUGUUUUUUUCAGCCAAUGUUCUGAAUGACUUCACUAGGGAUCUGGUCCCCCGCACUGCCCAAGUUUUACAGCGAGCUGGUUGGUGUUGAAGCCUGUUCCACCUGCCUGUAUGCCUAUGUUCACUCAGUUGAUACUGCUGUCUGCAUAAUCCUUAUGAAGUAGAAACUAAUAAUUAGUAGAAAAAUUGGCAUUAUGAUAAAGAUCCUGUUCUAGCUUAGCACUUUCAGGACACCAGCUUGGCAACACAGCAAGUAAGAUAAGAAUGCAACUUCAGAUUAAAUAACCAACCCUCUGUGCCACCAUCAUCUCUGAAUGGAAUAAAUGUUGAACACAGUUUUUGGAAGGGAUUUCUAGUAGCAUUUGAAUAGGAUCAUGGUUCAGAUUGUAGCCAGUUUUAAAGGUUUUCUGCACUAACUUCAUUGGAAUUAAAUAUGAAAAUGGGCCCCAUUGGUACAAAAUACCAUUGGAGUUCUACAACUAACUAGAAGUUCUACAACUUCUCUGCAGAAGCCACCCUGGCUACCACUUGGUAGAAGCUAUAAAAGUGUGAUUAAAAGUGUGGUGUGAAGAUUCUCUCCUUAACAACUACAUGUAGACAUGGAAAAAUCUUUCAGCAAAGCUCUAUGUAUUUUAAAUUAACUAUUUUACUGAAAGCUAGUGCUUUCUUAUAGUGCAGACAGGCUCUUGUGUCUGUAUGCUUCUGCUUAUGUAUCCAGUUGAUGUGGCUGACUGCAUAAAAUUCAUGAAGCAUAAAGCACAGUGGGUGACAAGCAUCUUAUCUAGGUGUCAUUUGUUUGUAAUGGCAAUGAAACUACCAUAUAAUUUCCACAUAUACUACUCUGAAGUAGUUUAUGGUCACUGUCACUCAUGGUACUGUUGUGUGUGGAUAUGAAGGUCCACAAAGUGGUAAAUUAAACAUGUAGUUAAUCCAAGUACUGUGAAAAAAUAGAUGCUUAGAAAUAUUAUUAAUGUUUGGGUGUUUUCUAAGGGAUUAUUUCUCUGGUUGUCUUUUACUUCAUUACAUAUUUUGCAAAAAAAAAAAGGGGAUAUUCGAUGUUUUUUAAUUAUUAUUCUUUCAGCAGUAAUUCCUUAAAAUAGCAUCUUGUGGUCCAUAUAACUUAUGUUCUGAGUCAAGUAUGAGUCUGAAUCAGAUGGUUCUUUAUUUGUAACAAGGAAAUAAUCCCUUCUCUAAGAACUGGCCCAACAAAAUACAGAAGAAUUCUGCCAUUAACCUGGACAAGACAGAGACUUUUAUCUUAGGUUCCCGUAUUUCAUAAAUGCAGUUACAUAACAAACCUGGUUGUCCUGGGAGCUAUGUACAAAGAGAUAAAUUACAUUCACUUGUAUUCUUAGAAAAAAAUUUAACUCUUGUAAAUAGCAAUGACUAACUGAGAAAGAGAAAGAGGCUUGAUUUGAGCAGGUGAUUCUUUUUUCUUUUUUUUUUUAUGCUGUUCCUGGAAAGUUAAAUUGAAGGAUUUGCAUCUGGAAAAAUACUUGCAGAAAAUGAUUCUGAGAUUAUCAAAUGAGAUAGUUUGCACAAAUGGGCUAAGUGUGGAGAAGAAUCCUGCUCCAGUUCUCCAACAGCUAUGGGUCUCAUUCCUGGUUGAUAUUAAAAUUAUUCUUCUUGGGUCUGUUGCCAUCAGUUACAGGAAUAUUGGUAUUGAGGUAUCCGUCAUUUCCAUUGGAACUGGGGAGUUCCAGACCGCAGUUCUGCUGUUCAGUGCACCUCUCAAAUACAACAGUCACGUAUGGCUCACCGCCCCGCGGUUCAGACAGGCCAUGCUGUAGGUCUGCAGCGUUGUCAGACACCAGGCACACUGGCUGGGUGUCAGUGUGCAGCACCCCAGGACUUCCUGCCUGGAUGGGUGCAGGUGGUCUGAGCCUUCCCCUGACCAGAUGCAAGCCGUGUGUCUUCUCCAGAAGUCAGAUUAGGUCAGCCCCAGCCUAGAAGCCAUGUAAUCCCAUGGAGUGUGGGUAAUCCAGACACAUAAUUGGCCAUAUCAUUCCUACAUGAGCCAUAAGUGAAACAGCCCAGGACAGGACUGAGUGAUUCAAGACUGGUAAAUGAACUGUACAUUCAUGUAGAUUUAUUGUAAAUUCACCACUCAUCAAACACAAAACCAAUCCCAACAAUGAAAUUUGUACACGUUUUUAAAGACCGUGCACUUUACUAUUUUAUUUUUAUUUUUAUUUUAUGUCACAUAGUUGUCUUAAUGUAAAAAGAAGCCAUAAAAAACCCAGAAGACUAGUAUGGGGUUUCUAAGUAAGGGGAUCAUUAAUUUUAAAGUAAAGAAUUAAUUCCAUGUCUCUUUUUGAGGUAUAAUGUCAAAUACUGACAAAUAAAUGUACAGUAAAGCAGGAUCUGGUUUUGCCUUAGUGAUGCUGUGAAUAAGUCAGGGGAGUUUGCUCCUCAUACUCUUGAGUUUUCCUGUGGGGCUGUACAAAAUGCUGCACCUUUGCAGUAGGGACUCAAUCCUGCUACCUUUGUUCACCCCAGGAGAAGGAAUAAAAUGCUUGCAGAGUCAGGCCCAAUGAAGCAAUUAAAUCAUUCUGCUACUCUGAGAUCACAGCAAAGGAAGUUCCUUAUGUUUUAGUAAGUUUCUGAGUUGCUUCUGUCAGUUUUUCAAGAAGUUUUCAGGGUCAGGUUAUCCAAUAGAAAUCAAUAAUUUAUUUUAAUCCCUUAUCAAAAUUAAGUAAUGCCAAAGGGUUUCACUUGGUUUUGUGUUCAUUUCCAUUAUCAAGAUCUCUGUUGCAGUUUUAAUUUUGCAAUCCUGACUCUGGGGAGUUGACUUACAUGAAUUAAAAUUAUUUCUGUCACUUAAGAUGGAAAGAUCAGGACAUGGUAUUGUGAUGUGAAAAUAGUAGUGUGUUAUAACUGACAAUCAGAUGCUAUUUUUGUAAUAAAGUGUUUUUAGCACAUUUGUUUCACUUUGUAGUUUUCAUAUUCUUAUGACCCCUCAUUUUCAGCCUAUUGUAAGAAAAAUCUGAAGUUCCCCAUCUUUACUCAUUUUAAACUUUAAAAGUAAAAAUACAUUGCCAUGUAUUUUUUUAAUUUUGCAAGUCCAGGCAACCCCCUGAAGAUUCAAGUUUUUCUCAUGUGUUUAAGUGUAUGGAUCAUUAUUCAUUAGAUGAAACUCUUGUGUCUCUGAAUCAGUACGUUCUCUUUGAAUAUAAGUUUGUAUAUAGUAUGAAAGUUACCUUUAUUUGUACAUAGGCUCUUGGAAAUAAUCCCUUCUAUCAAGGUCCUACUUCACUAUCUACAGAAUGUUUCACUGUGGUGUGUACACUUUUCUCACCUUAUCAUAUUAAUACAGAGUUCUUCAUAUAAGUCACUUAAUGUAACUGAGUUGUCUAAGUGUGAAUAACAAUAACAACAAUAAAUACUAAUAAAAAGACUGAAGAGUGUGUCAGUUUGCUCAGUA